CCACUCUGCAGCUGCCGCUGCUGCUACUGCCCCCAGUCCUGCAGCACAUCAUUGCUCACUUCUGGCUUAGCUUUUAAGUCUCUGAUCCACUGCUGUGCUAUAUAAAUGGAAUGCGGAUGUAGCGCCUAAUUCUCCCUCUCAUUUAAUAUUGCUACUCCACUAAUAGCUGGGCUGUAUCUACUUUCUACCAAAACAUCACUUUUUUUUGAUUAUUGGAAAGAUGGCUGUGAAAGAUACAAUACUUCCCAUCAGCGAGAUGUCCUAUCCAUUUCCAGAUGUGAUAGAACUGAAUGUGGGUGGACAAGUUUAUGUCACUAAGCACACCACGCUGACUAGUGUACCGGAUAGCACCUUGUACAGCAUGUUUAACAGGAACAACGUCAAAGAAAUGCCAAGGGACAACAGAACACGCUUCUUCAUUGACCGCGAUGGGUUCCUCUUCAGGUAUAUCUUGGACUUUCUGAGGGACAAGCAACUCUCUUUGCCUGACCAUUUCCCUGAGAAAGAACGACUUCUAAGGGAGGCAGAAUACUUUCAGCUCGGAGACCUGGUGAAGUUGCUCACGCCCAAGGUAACCAAGCAAAGCUCUCUGAAUGAUGAAGGCUGCCAGAGUGAUAUAGAGGACAGUUCCCAGAGCAGUGACUUGGUGAGGACUGCGGCUCUAGACAAGAAAUCCGGUUUUAUCACAAUAGGUUACAGAGGUUCCUACACAAUGGUCAGAGACAACCAAGCUGAUGCCAAAUUCAGGAGGGUCGCCAGGAUUAUGGUUUGUGGAAGGAUAGCUUUGGCCAAAGAAGUUUUCGGAGAUACUUUGAAUGAAAGUAGGGAUCCCGACCGCCCCCCGGAGAAGUACACUUCUAGGUUCUAUCUGAAGUUCACCUACCUAGAGCAAGCCUUUGACAGGCUCUCAGAAGCUGGAUUUCACAUGGUAGCCUGUAAUUCAACAGGAACGGCAGCAUUCGUUAACCAGUACAGGGAUGACAAAAUCUGGAGCAGCUACACAGAAUACAUCUUUUACAGAUCCCCACAGAAACCAGUGUCAACAAAACAAGACAGUGAAGAAAUCAAACUAGAAAAAGUAGAAGAUAAAGGAAGUGAAAGUGGAACUUCGUGUAAUGAUUUGUCUACAUCAAGCUGUGAUAGCCAAUCAGAUGCCAGCACCCCCCAAGAGAAUACUGCCACACUUCCGCAAUCUGCCACCCACAAACCAAAUACCUUAACGUUGGAUCGUCCUUCCAAAAAGAACCAUGUCCAGUGGGUGCAACCUCCAGAGAAACGUAGGAAUAGUGAGCUCUUUCAAACCUUAAUUAGUAGGUCUCGGGAAACAAACCUUUCUAAAAGGAAAGUAUGUGAGAAACCAAGCAUUGAAGAAGAAAUGAAAAAAUGUAUACAGGAGUUCCAAAAAAUUAAAAUACCAGAUUUUUUUCCUGAGCAGAAACGUCCAUGGCAGAUGGAAUUACUUAAAAAGUAUGAUUUAUAGGGAGAGUUUAUUGACAAAUGCAUCCUAAGUGUGUGUUGUGUGUAUCUUGACGCAGCCAAUGUACUUUCUUCAUAAGGAACUAUACAAGAAAAUAUGGAUUCCUGCAUAUGGAUAAUAGGGUUCCUUAUGUUCCACAGUUCGAGAUAACAAAGAGUUAAUAACAUUGUUGCCUGGAAGCAGUUUUAAGGGGAAAGAAUUCUGCAUGACUUACAUUUUACAAGUUGAUAACUUUUACUGUCACCUUUGUAUUAAGUAGGGGGUUAUUGAAAUAACUUUUCACUUGAAGCUGUUGAUAUGAAUUUUUUUGUGAAAAUCUUUAUGAUAAAAAUGGCAAGUGUAAAUUCAGUAGAUGAUUAAUACACAUUUCCUAAUCAGUGUCAAUGUGAAUGCAAUAAAGCUAAUACAGUGA